AGUAUUCGUCUUUUUUUUCGAGGGUGAGUAGCCGGGUUGUUAACCCUAAGGUGUGUCUCUUCCGCGCCGUCUCGUUCAUCUCCAAAGCGGUGCCCUCUCGGCCUCUCCCCCCUAUCAGCUCUCAACUCGCUCUCCUCGGUGGGCGCCUCCCGAACUUGCGAAAGAGAUGCUCCACUUGCGGCGGAUUCUGUACCUUAGCUCCCUAUCUGCUUAUGAAUCCUUCUUGAUGGCAAGGAGUAUUGCACUACAUGGCCAAAUGAAUCGGCCCAGCCACCUCGGCAAUGCCUUUUUCUGCACCUUCAGUAAUCCUCUGGGGGAACAAGUUGGCAUCACUAAAGGGAAGGAUAGAGCAGAAAUGAGGAAGGAAACCAAGAAGGUCAAUGUAACAUCGGCCACCAUCAUUACAAAUAGUAGCCAUCGCGAUGGGUCUAUAUACAAAAACUCGUUUCUCGACGUAUGUCAUGUCAAAAACCGUGCUGAGACACAAUUGGAGCCAAUGAGGUUAUCGGACCCUGCUAAUUGCUAUCCUGACCAGAAAAGGUGUCGUGUGCAUUUUGAAUGUGACAUGAUGCAAAUUUUCUUACUAAAAUUGGCUAUAGUUCCUAUGAGCACAAGCUCAGUGCAAUUAUAUGGAUAUAUAGCAGCACGUGAUUAUCUGGAUUUAUCGCUUAAUUAUAUUGUCAAUCGUAGCAGGGACAACCCCCUUACGGUGCGACAGGGUUCCCUCAUUGAGAUGACUGGCCCUAAGAGGGGCAUCACAAUGACCAGCGCUGUUCUAGUUGAGUAUGACAUGAGGAUCAUGAAAGGAGAGCAAGAAGAAGAUGAUCUACAACUAAUUGACGGUGCAACAGACUUCUGCGAAGUAACCACACCUUCUUGUCCAUCCACGUAUCGUAUUAAUGGCGAUUGUGGUGCGGUUGACAUCACAUUAGCAUGCGUUGUCAAUGCAGUGGAGGCCACAAUAGAUGUUAUUGUAUCAGAAGUGCAGGGUGGAUUCAGUUUAUCUCUCAGUUCAUUUGUGUUUGUCGGUGGGUCACGUCAUGGAAUUGAGCUUUUUUGUGAUGAUGUUGGCGAGUCAUGUGUCUUAACAAGAAGAUAUGUGAUGGCCGUAGAGAUGGAUAGUUGGAUGCAGUUGAAACUCAAGGUAGGUCAGAAAGGUUCUAAAUAUGAUGACCUGGAACGUUAUUGUCGCUUCAAAGCACACAUCCAUGGAUACGCACGUCGACAAAUACAGCUUGAGCAUGCCUCUAUCUGGCUGAAGGUGACUUGGUCGGCUAUGCCAUAAAGUUGUCUUGUUUCAUAUUCGAAUUUUUGUUUCAUUA